CAAGCCCAUCGCCUCCACCCUCCGCCUCCCUCCCUCCCUCGUUCUCUCCGCCGCUGCCGUUCCGCCGCCGCCACCCACCCAAGACCACACUCCACGCGCUCUCCCUUAUAAAAAGCGGAGCAUCCAUCCACAAGCGCCAGCGCGCGUCCCGCGGCUUCGACGGCAGCAGCGAUUUCAGCAAUGGCGGCCGCUACCUCCCUUCACGUCGCGGCGGCCCCGGUCGCCACCCCGCGGGUGGGGUUCUCCUCCUCCUCCGCCGCCGGCUACAGAUCCGCCUCGGCGGCGGCGAGGAGCGUGCGCGUGGCGGCGGCGGCCGGAUCGGGAGCGGCGCGGGCGGGGCGCAGGGUGGUGGCGCGGGCUGCCGUUGCAGCCAAGGCGGAUUCGCCGGCGAGCGCGGCCUCCUCCAAGUCUGACGGUCAUGAGGUCUUGCUGUUUGAGGCUCUUCGUGAGGCCUUGAUAGAAGAGAUGAAAGAAGAUCCAACAGUAUGCGUCUUUGGUGAAGAUGUUGGUCACUAUGGAGGUUCUUACAAGGUGACCAAGGGUCUGGCUGAGAUGUUUGGAGACCUUCGAGUCCUUGAUACCCCCAUUGCUGAGAACUCAUUCACUGGCAUGGGAGUUGGAGCAGCGAUGAAGGGGCUGAGGCCUGUUGUUGAAGGCAUGAACAUGGGUUUCCUUCUCCUUGCUUACAACCAAAUCUCAAACAAUUGCGGUAUGCUUCAUUACACCUCUGGUGGCCAGUUCAAAAUCCCAAUUGUGAUCCGAGGGCCUGGUGGUGUUGGCCGUCAGCUUGGUGCUGAGCACUCGCAACGUCUGGAGUCUUACUUUCAGUCAAUCCCAGGCCUCCAAAUGGUUGCUUGCUCUACCCCCUACAAUGCUAAGGGUCUGAUGAAAGCUGCCAUAAGGAGCGAAAAUCCCGUGGUGCUAUUUGAGCAUGUCCUUCUGUACAACCUGAAGGAGAAAAUUCCUGAUGAGGAAUAUGUGCUAUGCCUGGAGGAGGCUGAGAUGGUGCGCCCCGGGGAGCACGUUACCAUCCUCACAUACUCUCGGAUGAGGUACCAUGUGAUGCAGGCUGCAAAGACCCUAGUGAACAAAGGGUACGAUCCCGAGGUUAUUGACAUCAGGUCAUUGAAGCCAUUUGACCUGCACACCAUAGGUAACUCUAUCAAGAAGACCCACCGCGUCCUGAUUGUGGAGGAGUGCAUGCGCACAGGCGGCAUUGGCGCCAGUUUGAGAUCAGCCAUUAUUGACAACUUCUGGGACUACCUUGAUGCUCCCAUAAUGUGCUUGUCGUCGCAGGAUGUGCCGACGCCGUAUGCUGCACCUCUGGAGGACGCCACUGUCGUGCAGCCUGCCCAGAUUGUGGCUGCCGUUGAGCAAAUAUGCCAGUAAGACAGCCAUUUAUAUUGCCAUUUUGGAAGUUUUUCGUUCACCAUUUUGCCCAUGUAGCAAGGUAUCCAUUGUGGUAUAGGCCUGUAGCCAUUUUUAUUCGUAUUGAGUUAUACUUUAGCUCCAUAGCUGUGAGAAUAUGCUCAACAGGAUCCAUUCGUGCACUGAAUCAUUUUAAUGCUAGGUUGAAACAUGUGUUUACUCCAAGAUUUU